GGGCCUCCGCGGGGUCCGUGCUCACUCUGGGCACUUCCUCACUCCGUGCCUGUGGCUCAGCUCCACUCUGGGGCUCCCGCUGCACUUUGAGGCCCUCUCAGGGUCCUCCCUGCAUGGGAUCCCUGCUCCCGUUUGGGCUUUGCCGAGGUUCCUGUUCCCUUUGGGAUCGUCUGGGACUCUCUGAGCUUCUUGUUCCCUUCUGGGACAUUCCCACAGCCUACACAGUCUUCUGGGGCUCUGGAGGGUCCCCUCUCCCUUUUGGGGUCCUCCAUCAGAGACCCCAUUUCCUUUUGGGGUUCCCCGUCUCUUUCAGCAUCCUCCCUCUCCAGGCUCUCUGUUCACAUUUGGGUCUCCUUGAGGUUCCCAUUCCUUUUUUCCUUUCCUUCAUCCCUGAAACCCUCUCUCCUUUUGAAGCUCCCCGAGAUUCCACUGUCCAUCCCUGAGAACCCACUCCCUUUUGGGAUCCUCUCAGAGCCCCCCACUCCCUUUUGGGAUCCUCUCAGCGCCUCCCGCUCUCCUUUGGAACUCUCUCCUCCUCCCUGAGGCCUCUGUUUCCUUUUGGGCUUCCCCAAGGCCCUCCACCCCCAUUGGAGCUCUCCAUCCCUGAGGCCCCCCGUCCUUUUUGGGGUUCCCUUGGAGGGCGUGCCCUCUGUCCCUGGUCCCGCCAUCCUUUCCAUCCCGCCCCACCAUGGAGAUCAAGUACGAGUACUCGCGUAAGCGCAGCGAGUUCGGCCGCCCCUGCGUCUUCUCAGACCUCCCGGCCGAGAUCACCGUGAACAUCCCACCCGACCCUGCCCUGGCCGAAGACUUCAUCCCCCAGGACCCCGUGGACUUCGCGGUGCAGGAGGGUCCUGUCCUGGCCGGGCAUGAGGUGAACACGGAGCGGUCACAGGUGACCAUCCGGGGUGUGAACCACGUGGAGGGCGGCUGGCCCAAGCAUGUGGACCCCAAGAACCAGGAGCUGACCACGCGCUACCGGGAGGAGGUGGAGAGGGAAGAGGUCUACACCAAGACUAUCCAGCGCCUCGGCUUUGUGGUGGAGCACUACAUCAGGCAGAACAACACCAUCGACAUCUACGAGGAAUAUUUUGAGGAGGAAGAGGAGGAAGAUGAGGAUGAGGAGCAUCCCUCAGCCAAAAUCAUCUGUGUCAUCAGGGACCCCAACAACCCCAGGAGGAUGUGCACGCACCUCUCCUGGCACCCCGAUGGCAACAGGGCCGUGGCCGUGGCUUAUUGCAGCCUGGACUUCCAGGAGAGCAGGAACCUGAACUCUGAUUCCUACGUCUGGGAUGUGGAAAAACCCUACACCCCAGAGCUCACCCUCAAGCCCUCGUCCCCUGUGCUGACCCUGGAGUACAAUUCCAAGGACUGGUAUCACAUGCUGGGAGGCUGCUACAACGGGCAGAUAGUGUAUUGGGACACCAGGAAAGGGGGGCUGCCCAUGGAGAUGACCCCUGUGGAGUUCAGCCACAGGGACCCCGUGUAUGGAGCGUACUGGCUGCCCUCCCGAACGGGCACCGAGUGCUUCUCCGGCUCCACUGACGGACAGGUGCUGUGGUGGGACAUCCGCAAGAUGUCACAGCCCAGCGAGAGACUGGUCUUGGACAUCAGCCGGCAAGAUCAGCUGAAGGACGCUCUGGGUGCCAGCUCCCUGGACUUUGCACCCGUCCUGGAUUCUGGGAUCCCCUGCUGCCCCCCACACCAUGGGGUCUCCAUCCUGCUGACAGCUGCACCCUCCUGCUCCCACCCCCAGCCCACCAAGUUCCUGGUGGGCACAGAGCAGGGCAUCAUCAUCUCCUGCAAUCGUGAUGCCAAGACACCGCCUGAGAAAAUCGCCAACAUCUUCAGAAGCCACAUCGGGGCUGUCUACAGGGUGACCAGGAACCCCUUCUUCCCCAAAGUCUUCCUGUCAGUCGGUGACUGGACUGCUCGGAUCUGGACUGAGGAGCUCAUGGAUUCAUCCUCAAUUAUGGAGACCAGGUACCACAGCUCCUACCUGAUGAACACGUGCUGGAGCCCCGUGAAGCCGGCCGUGUUCUUCACCGUCCGGUCGGACGGCGUCCUGGACAUCUGGGACAUCCUCUUCCACCAGAAGGAGCCUUCCCUCAGCGUCAAGGUGUCCAACGAUCCCCUGCUCAGCCUGUGCUCGCAGGAAAAUGGGCGCAUCGUCAGCUGUGCCACCAAGAUGGGCAAUGUCUCCCUCGUGGAGCUCUCCCCGGGGCUCUGCACCAUCCGCAAGAACGAGAAGACCCUGACCUCCACGAUGUUCGAGCGGGAGGCCAGGCGGGAGAAGGUCCUGCAGGACAAGUACAAGGAGCGGCUGCUGCGGGAGCAGGACCGCCUGCGGGCCCAGCCCGAGCAGCAGGAGGAUGCAGUGCAGAUCUUCCAGCAGGCCCGAGAAGAUUUCCUCGCCAGCAUCAAGGCAGAGCGGCGGAGGAGAGGCCUGGAAGCGCCCGCAGAGGGUGAAGAGGAGGAGGCAGCUGCAGAGGAGCAAAGCUAGCAGGAGGAGUAGGAGGAUGCCAAGGUCAGUGUGCUCCAGCUGCGCCUUCCUGUCCCCUCCAUGCCAGAGCUGCUGCAGGGACAAAGCCACUGUCCCCAGGCCAGGCAGCUCUCCUGGACUCUCUGCCCUCUCUGCCCUCCUGGGGUGGCAAGUGGGGGACCCUGCACAGCCCCCUGACCCCACAGCUGCUCCCUGGCCUUUGCACCCUUAUUUCCUUUGGUGUGAAUAAAGCUGUGCUUUCCACGUCUAA